CAAGAUUAUUAAGUUAUCAAUAAUACAUGUAUACUUGAAUGACAUCAGAACAAGAUUAUAUACAAAGUUAUUUUCAUUUGAAGUAUGUGAAAACUACGAUAGAUAAAAUUUCAGUAUAUUGACGGUUAAUUUCAGAUGAUGGAAGAGAAAAUACCAGGAAAAAACACAGUAUUGUUUAAAAAGACAACCAGAAUAAAAGACAUUACUAAUGAAGGAGACAUUGGAGCGUCUGUUACUAAGGUUUCUGAUCAGCACAGUUCAAAUAUGUCCGUUUUCGGCACAGGUUGUUUAAGGAAUACUACAUCGAACUUUAACUUUAAUGUACAUGGACACACAACAUCUCCCUUAAUUUCAGGCAGUAAAAACGAAAAAGAUCUUUCAUUAAACCAGCUCAGCGCAAACCUCAACAUAAUCCGUGAGGAAGGCUUUGGCAAGCUGAGCAGGCUUGUUCGAGACUUACAUAUUGAAAAACAUGCUUAUAAAGAAAACAUCGAUGACAUUGGCCAUAUUAUUGACGAAAGGGUCACUAAAAUGAAAUCUGACAUUGACCAAGUUCAUCUUGAAAUGAGGGAAAAAUUAAAACAGUUGAAAGGUGAAGCAUCACGUCGGAUGACAAGCGAAAUAGAUAUUUGCAGGAAAAAUGUUAGGGAAAUGAACGAAUUAGUGCAAACAAGCCUGGAAGCAUUAGAUACAAAAACUGCUGAUUAUAUGCUGUUGUUCCAACUAAACCUACAAAUUCUUGAAAAAUUAAACUACAUGAAAUCGUUGAAAACUUCUCAAAGGUUACCCUUGCCAAUAUUUCAAGGGAAUAUCAUCACAAAAGAUGAUAUUUCUAGACUGUUAGGAUCAUUGCAUGAAGGCAAACCAAAAACUCAUGAAUAUUAUCACGCUACUAGUAGGGUCGAAAACUCAUUGCAGAAUUAUCCUUACAACAGUGACGUUGAGAAUAUUAAAAAACUAGAACGCCAACUUGGAAUUGUACCGUUACCUAGAAAAAGACACAGAUUUCACCAGUACUCCAGAUUACUAUCUCAAGAAAGUAACGAGGGUGUAAACUAAAAUAAAGUUUUGCUGAAUGUCGAAGGGAAAAUAAAGGAAGCUUUCUUUUUAAUGUCACCUGUUUGCAUACAAGUUAUACCCAGAAUUAUCAAUCAAGUUAAUUCAAAUUAGUUAAAUUUUUAUAAAUAAUAUUAAGAUGUUAUUUUAUAUAUUUUCUAAAGUGUAGAUGUUGUCAAAUGUCGAAAAUUUACAGGUAAUAACGCUGGGUAAGAUACAAUUGUUGUAUUAAAUUCAAAUUAUAUAGUUGUUUAGGAACACAUUUUAUAAUAUAUACUUCUGUGUUGAAAUGAAUUAUCCUUGCUAGAUAAUAACUUUAAAUAAAACUGUGAAUUUUUCGAAAUACUAAAGAUUUCCUAACCUAGGAAAAGAAUAUCUAAGCUGUAUUUGGCAAAAUCUUUCGGAAUUAGGGUCCUCGUUGCUCUUCAACUUCUUACUUUUUUUAGCCUCUAAAACUGUUUUGAUUCGAGCGUCUUUGAUGAGUCUUAUUAGACGAAAUGCACAUCUGGCGUGCAAAAUUUUAAGCCUGGUAUCUAUGAUGGGUUAGUUAAUACUAUGUUUAAAAUUGAGAAUGGAAAUGGGGAAUAUGUCAAAGAGACAACAACCACGAACAAAGAGCAGAAGGCCACCAAUGGGUCUUCAACGCAGCGAGAAAAUCCCGCACCCGGAGGUGGUCCUCAGCUGGCCCCUAAAUAAAAUUGUGUACUAGUUCAGUUAAAAUAGACGUCAUACUAAACUCCAAAUCAUAUAAAUGAACUAAAAUUAAAAAACAUACAAGACGUACAAAGGUCAGAGGUUCCUGACUUGGGAUAGGCGCAAAAAUGCUGCGGGGUUAAACAUGUUUUGUGAGAUCUCAACCCUCCCCCUAUACCUCUAGCCAAUGUAGAAUAAAGAAACACAUAGCAAUUCCAACAGUAAAACUCAGUUUAAAAGAAGUCCGAGUCCGAUGUCAGAAUAGGUAACGAAAGAAACUAAGCAAAAUGACAAUGAUACAUAAAUGAACAAAGGACUACUAGCAGUUACUGACAUGCCAGCUCCAGACCUCAAUUAAACUGAUUGAAAGAUUAUGUCUUCAUCAUAUGAAAAUCAAGUACAGUCCCUCCCGUUAGGGGUUAAGUAUCAUACCAUCAUAAAAUAUAUGAGAAGAACAUAACCCGUAUCAUGCCAACAACUGAUUUUAGAAUGAAUGUGUUUAUUUCCGAUGCAAACACCCUAUGAGUGACUCAAUAUUAAUACCAAAAUAUGCAAUCCUUAAUGACUUGACAACUAUAUCCUUUCCGAAUAAGUCUGUUUAAAGGUUUGGUUAGCUUUUGAUGUGAAUGCCGACAUUUUUGUGCUUUGUAAAGAAUAUUACCAUAAAAUAUUGGAUGUGAAAUACCUGAACGUAUAAGAUGUCUGCAUGUUGAUUUAUAUUUACGAAUGAUGUCCAUGUACUGAUGAUAAAAUUUAGUAAAUGUUUUGACUAGUUUGUGAUAUCGAAAACCCUGGUGUAAUAAUUUUUCAGUAAUACAGAGAUUUCUUUCGUUGAAAUCAAAUACGUUGUUACAUACACGAGCGAAUCGAACAAGUUGAGAUAUAUGAACACCAUAAGAUGGCGACAAGGGAACGUCACCAUCUAAAAAUGGAUAAUUAACAAUAGGAAAUGAAAAAUCAUCUCUUUUAUCAUAAAUUUUGGUAUUAAGCUUCCCGUUAAAGAUAAAGAUAUCAAGAUCCAGGAAAGGGCAGUGUUCAUUGUUAGUAUUAGCUUUAUUUAAAGUCAGUUCGGCAGGAUAAAUCUCUUUAGCGUACAUACUGAAGUCGUCAUUAUUGAGAGCCAAUAUAUCAUCUAAAUAUCUAAAAGUGUUAUUAAAUUUUUGAAUCAGAUGUUGUUUCGAUGGGUCUUUGCUGAUUUUAGUCAUAAAUUGUAACUCAUAACAAUACAGAAACAGGUCCGCAAU